AAGAAGCGACUCCAUGGAAACGGCCGAUUGGCGUUCAACCUGCUAGCUAGUCAGCUAGCAAAGAGCGAGUGGGCGCUGUCUACUGGAUAGUUUUUAUUUUAUUCGCCGUCUGUCUGUGGAGAUGAAUCGUACGCCUGACGCGAGAGCGAGAGAUAACCAGACGAGGAAGAUCCAGGAGAACAUCACCAAUGUGGAGAAACACUUUGGAGACAUGUGCCAACUGUUUGCUGCCUACGCCCGCAAAACAGCCAGGCUGCGAGACAAAGCAGACCUUCUCGUGCGCGAGAUUGGCUUGUACGCCGACACGGAGACGCCGGACCUAAAGAGAGGGAUGAAGCAGUUUGCGGAGCACCUCGCCAAGGUUCAAGACUACCGCCAAGCUGAGGUGGAAAGACUGGAAGCCAGAGUCAUCGAGCCCUUAAAAGGCUAUGGAGCUGUGGUGAAACGUAAAAGGGAGGAUCUGAAGGCAACACAGAGUGCCCGAGACAGAGAAGCCAAACAGAUGGCUCAGCUCGAGAAGACCAGACUGAGAAACCCUUCAGACAGACAGAUCAUUUCCCAGGCUGAAAGUGAGCUUCAGAGAGCCACCAUGGAUGCCACACGGACCACCAAGCAGCUGGAGGAGACCAUAGACGAGUUUGAGCGGCAGAAGAUCCAGGACAUAAAGAAAGUCUUUGGGGAAUUUAUGACAGUUGAAAUGGCUUUCCAUGCCAAGGCUUUGGAGAUCUACACAUCAGCAUUCCAAAGCAUUCAAAGCGUGAAUGAGGAAGCAGACCUGGAGGUGUUCAGGAGUUCCCUGCACCCCCCUGACUUCCAGUCCCGCUUAGACAUAGUGCGAGCCAAUUCCAAGGCGUCCCUCGACCAGACAGGGUCCUUCCUGAGUACGUCAGGCACCUUGCAGCAACAAAGAGCUUCGAGCCGCCAGACGAGAAGAGGGGAGGAGGAUGAGGACGAGGAGGAAGAGGAUUCUGAGGAGGAGGAGGAGGGCGACGAGGAUGAAGAGGAGGACUCAGACGACGAACAUUAAGCUCAUCAAACUGUUUGUGCUUGCCUGCGCGGGAGAAAGAGGAGAACAACAUCCAGAUGAGCUGUUUUACAAAGAGACGCUGAUUGUCUGCCAAAAAGACUCUGCCCAGGUGGAACAGUAUUGUAGUUGUGUCGUUUUGUACAAGACAUCCUUUUUUUUGUUCUGCUGUUUGUAUAUUUCAGCCGGCCAUUUCUUUUAGCUUUACUUUUUUUUUUUUUUUUAUACCUCACACAGUCUCUGAAUACACAUCGUAUUCGUAUGAACUGUCAUGUUCCAAUGAAACCGUACCCCAUCUAAUAAAAAGAAUCUAAGUACAAGGUG